AUGCUGACGGGCGAGAAGGGCCGUAGUGGGGUGAGCAUCGAGAACAUCAAGACAAAGGGGCUGAGGGGUUUGCGAGACAACAUGGUGGAGUACAUCUGCAAGCGCAUCGCCGAAAAACGCUUUGCGGUGCCGACUUCACAAGCCAUCGGCCCCGCCGACAGUUCGAUUGAUGACGACGGCGCUGAAACACAGACGGCGCCCCAAGCAGCAGUUGCCGCCCAGCAUCAGGGGAGCGCGAGGGUGUUUGCAGAAGGAGGAAACGGUGGAGGAGGAGGCGACGCUGCGGCAGGUGCAGAACGGAAGGAAGAGGAGUCGGGGUCGUCGGAGUCGGGGUCGGGGUCCGAGUCGGAGUCGGAGGAGGACGAGGCGGUGAAGCAGGACGAGGAGGACGAGGGGGAGGAGGAGGAGGACAAGAAGGAUGAGGAAGGGGUGGAGGAAGAGGUGGAGUACGAGGUGGAGUACGUAGACGGUACAGUUGAGGUGGGAGCGACGGAAGAGGCGGCGGGGUCGGCGGAUGAGAGGAACGAGGAAGAGGAGGAUGGCGAUGCGGGUAAUGCUACGAGGUUGGCAGUUGGGGGGAAGGAGAAGGAUGAGGUCGGCGUGGAGGCAGUGACGGAAAAGGGCCAGGAGGAGGCGGCAUGCGAGGGAAGUGGGAAGGUGCCGGUCCACGCCGGCGAAGGGGCGAACAUCACGGGCGUGCAGGAGACGGGGGAAGCAUCUGGUCGGCAGGGUCCUGAACUAGACGACGUCGAGGAGCUUCGACGGGAGAACUGGUUGUUGAGGGCGGAGAACGCUCGGCUGGCGGCGUUGCUCGAUGAGGAGAAGGCUCGGCUGGACAGGUUUUUUGUCGGGUCCUUCGCGGAACUGGCGUCGGCGUGGUUGUUGGACUUCGACAACCCGGAGGGAAAUAUGGCAUAUGCAUGCGCCGAGGCGGUCUCCGCUGUGGCCGAACACGUCGAUACGGUGGUGGGCGAUGCGAAGAGGGGUUUGGAGGAGUACAUCUCGAACCACCUAGCCUCCGCGCAGGUCAACAUCGCCACCGCUUCGUUCAAGGCAGACAUCUUGAAGGCGGUGACGGAGGCCACCCAGCUGUCGUUCCUAGCUUCUGGGAUGAAGUUCAUGACCGAGAUGAUCGGCACUAUGGCUCCUGGUCGACGUGGGUCAUCGCCGUCGGCCAAUGACGCCGAUCACGCGCAACGGAGGGAGGCCGACAAGCAGGGCCAGAAUAGGACGGGCGGCGGUGACGAUGCGGGGAGCGUGGAGCGGAGCAAGGGAGCAGACGGGAGCCGCCGUCCAGACGCAUCGCCGUCGGCCAAUGUCGCCGAUCAGGCGCAACGGAGGGAGGCCGACAAGCAGGGCCAGAAGAGGACGGGCGGCGGAGACGGUUCGGUGAGCGUGAAGCGGAGCAAGGGAGCGGACGGGAGCCGCGAUCCAGGCGGCUCGAAGCCUGCUUCACAGAGCGUGAUCGACCAGCUGAAGACGAAGGUGGGGUGGAAGGUGUUAAGGUCGUCGCACAGCAAGGGAGAUGGGAGCGGGGGGGCAGAGGGUGGCACUGCCGACGAGGUUGCCACUGAAGUCGCGGCACCGGAAGGCCCGCCUUUGGUCGCCGAGCAGACCCAUCCUCAGGCGAGCGGUGGGAAAGGCUCAGGCGCCAACAACGAAGGGCCGGCCAUUGCGGCCCCUCCAGCUCCAGCAGCCCCAUCUGCCGCCAAGGGCAACGCGAAGGCUCCUGCGCCUAAGCGCGAUGGUCCGUCAGCUGCUAAGGUGCCCGCAGGUGGUAACGCGCUCAAGGAGUUGCUCCAUCGCAUGGAGACACAUCGCAGGGACGUGCAGCAGCCUCCCGUGGUCGACGCCGGCCUUGCCGAAACAGCACGUCGCUCCGUCACCCCGCAUGUUGCCGGCACAUCGUCCGGUGCCCCACUUGCCGCGCCUCAGAUCGCCUCCCAACCGCCUGCGGAUCCGAAGUCCGCGUUUCUCCGCGCCCAGUUAGGCGCACGCAAAGCGGCAGCUCCACCAGUGACUCAGCCGGAUGCCGGUAAAGGCGCGACGCCGACGUCAGUAAACGCGGCACCCACACCCGGUGCAGCUGUGGUCGAUGUGGCGGCGGAGAAGGGUGUGCGUGCAGCGCUAGCCACCGGCGGCCGAGCCGACAGGCACGCCGACAUCGCUGCCAUCCAGGCCCAUUUCGAGGCUGCAAAACGCCCCGAGCACGCCCCGGCUCUGGCCAUCAUGGACACGGCGUAUGUGGUGCCGUCGGCGACUCACAGAGGGGGUACGGCGGAGCCGACGGCUGCAACGGAUGCUGUCGCCGAGAGAAAUGCGGGACGGAAGGGGAAGGACGACACUGGAAAGGGGAAGGCGGUCUCUCAGAGGAGCACGCGGGCGAUGUCGGCGGGGAAGGAGAUGUCGGACGAGAAAGGGAAGAAGGCAGGAGGGAAUCAGGACAAGAAGGCCGGCAAGGGUAAGUCGGCAAAGACGAAGGAGGAGGAGGUCGAGGCGGUCGGCGAGGGAAAGAAGGAGCAUGGACGCAGGGGUCAUGACAUCCGCCACGACAAGUCGGGCGACGGGCUAGGUUGGGUGGGCGAGAUUAAGGUAAACGGCGAGAAUCGAUACAUCGGCAAGUCGAGAGACAAUAUGGAGCUGGCCUACGAGCACUCGAUUGCGUACAUCGUCUACGACGGCUACGUGAGCAAGGUGCUCAUGGACGAGCUCACAGUCUUGAAGCCGGGGGAGUUGGAGGAAUGGAAGGGGGUGUGGGAGGAGGUCAAGUUCUUGCCGACUGGGAUGUGGACGGUGAUGUGGGCUAGAGGCUUGUUCGACGAUAUACUCGGUAGGUACCGUAGAUACACGGGUUCGGGUGAUGCGCUUCACGACGUGCUCUUGCCGGCGAUCUGGUUUCCCGUCGUCGAGAACACGAAGGAAGGCAAGGAAGAGACGGAAGCCUUCAUGUCGGCGAUGGUAAAUCGCGUGUCGAUGUGCGCGGCGUAUGGGAAGGUCGCGGCGAGCGCAGCGUUUGGGAAGGUCGAAGCGAGCGCGGAGGGGAAGGCGGAAGAGAGGACGGAGAUGGUAGGCGCGGACGGGGAGGCGGAUGAGAAGACGGAGUUGGCAGCCCAGGCGUUAGCGGCAUCCACAUGCACCCUAUGGUGCUUCGUGGGGACGGGGGCGUCGGUGCUCGGUGCUGUGGGCGAAGGGAAGGCAGCAUCGAUGGUUGCAGGUGCGGGGGAGAAGAGGGCCGAGGACUUCAAGAAGGUGAUGCACGCGGUGGUUGACCUAGCACGCAAUAGGGAGGCACCCGCAGAGGAGGUUGCACACAACGUCGCACCGGCGCUGCAGCGUCAGGCUGUGGACAGUGCCUUCAAGGAAGGGGUUGUGGGAGUCGAGGCCGACAUAAUCGCUAGAGCGACGGUCGAGACCUUGGCGUUCUGGGGAAUGUGCCCCGUCGCCGGACCCAAACUCAAAGAGCACGGCAUCGAUGUGCCGUGUGACGCGCAGAUGGAGUACCAUAUGGAGCACAGGGGGAGAAAGGGGGAGAAGGUAAAGCAGGGCAAGGGCAGCAAGAGGAAGAAGAGGCAGACGGGCAAGCAGGGCAAGGACAGUACAGAUGCGUAG